ACCCCUUUCUCUCUCUACCAGGUCCGUACGGAUAUUUAGGGUUUCAAUCUUCGACUUCGAUCGAAUCGCUAGGCCUUUGAAUAUCGUCGUCGUAUAUUGAAUCGAAUUGCCAAAUUCGAAAAUAUGGUUCUUUCUCAGAGGAUUCAUGAAGCAUUCAAAGGAACUGUGGAGAGAAUUACGGGGCCCCGAACCGUCUCUGCUUUUAAAGAGAAAGGGGUUCUGAGUGUCUCCGAGUUCAUCCUGGCCGGGGAUAAUCUCGUCUCCAAUUGCCCUACCUGGUCUUGGGAAUCGGGAGAGCCAAGCAAGAGGAAGUCCUAUUUGCCAGCCGAAAAGCAAUACUUGAUUACAAGAAAUGUCCCUUGCCUAAGGAGGGCUGCAUCGGUGGAAGAAGAAUAUGAGGCUGCCGGAGGAGAGGUUCUUCUUGAUAACGAAGACAAUGACGGUUGGUUGGCAACUCAUGGGAAACCCAAAGAUAGAAGUGAUGUGGAGGAAAACCUGCCUUCAAUGGAGACUCUAGAAAUCAGACAGAACGAAACUUUAAGAUCAAUACCUUCAUAUUUUGGGGGUGGGGAAGAUGAAGAUGAUAUACCUGACAUGGCUGAUUAUGAAGAAGCUGACAAUCUUGUUGAGACUGAUGCAGCAACUUUACAACCGACAUAUCUUGUCGCUCAAGAACCUGAUGAUGACAAUAUUUUACGGACCCGAACCUAUGAUGUCAGCAUCACGUAUGAUAAAUACUAUCAAACUCCUCGUGUAUGGCUUACUGGGUAUGAUGAGUCGAGGAUGCUUUUACAACCAGAGCUUGUUCUGGAGGAUGUUAGUCAGGAUCAUGCACACAAAACGGUUACCAUUGAGGACCAUCCUCAUCUACCUGGGAAGCAUGCAUCUGUCCAUCCAUGCAGACAUGGUGCCGUGAUGAAAAAGAUCAUUGAUGUGCUUAUGUCACGAGGAGUAGAACCUGAAGUUGAUAAGUAUCUUUUCUUGUUCUUGAAAUUUGUUGCCUCUGUAAUUCCAACAAUCGAGUAUGACUACACCAUGGACUUUGAUCUUGGCAGCACCAGCACUUAAUUAGAGCUGGUACAUUAUCUGGUAUACCUGUAACGCGGAAUCCACUGCUUGUAAAUGUGUACCUAGUGCAUGGUAAUAACCCUUCCUCGUAUUCUUUGCUCGACUGAACUACAAGUUCUGAUCAUGUUUACAUUAUAGUUUGUUCAUAUACCCUACUCAGUGCCACCACCCUUGAAAAACCUCUAGUGGUAUCAAACUGAAACUGAACCUUGUUUUCAUCAUUGUUAUUGGGAAUAUUGUUUGUGCCACAAGAAUUAUUUGAUAUCAUUGAGUUGAUUGUACCUGUCAAAACUUAUUCUGGAAUUGUGAAUUAGCAAGAUACCAUAUGUUUGGUGCAGAUAAACUAAUAUUACCUCUUUGUUGAGUAUGAACCA